AUGGGUCUUCUUCCUCCACGAUCUCCCGGCCGACAGCCACUCCUUUCCGAUACAUGGGCGAAAUCAUGGCCCAAAGUGGCAAUCCCCAUUGCCAUGUCUGCCCUGCUUCUGCAGUUGCUCUUUCUCGGGAACCUCUCCUAUCUUUUCGGCGCCCUCUUUCGCUCAAACUCUCGAUCACACGCCCUAAAAAUCCUUGCCGUUGAUUACGAUGGAGGGAACAUCGGCAAAGCCAUGUCGCUGGCAUACACGUCCCUGGAGGCCGACACCUUCCCGACCCUCGAGUUCCGAUCGCCAGAGGACUACCCAUCCCCGGAUGAUCUCCAUAACGCGGUGUGCAAGGGAGGAUAUUGGGGUGCAAUCUACACACACUCGGGAGCCUCCGAUCGGUUGAACCAGGCCGUCCGGGUCGAGAACACAACCGUAUAUAACCCGGCUGAAACGAUUUCGUACACCUACAACGGCGUGUUCUUCCCAACAAUUGCUUCUUCAGUAAUCGACUCUAAUCUGGCGCGCCUUGUCAACGUCGCUUCUCGAACCUACUACCGCGUUGCCCGUGAUGAUGCGGCCGCCGUCAACAUGAGCGAUCCCGUCUCGUCCAGCGUCUUCCUAAACCCGAUCCAACCCUCAUCGGAUCCUAUAAUGCCGACUAUCCAAGGAGCCCGUGCACUACUCAACACUGUGUCGAUGGUGUUCCCAGCUCUGAUGCAGUUCUUCUUCCUAAUGGGGCUCAACGGCAUCAUGUUCGGCGCUGGCAUAUUCGCAAACAUGUCCAAACGUGAUGUGUUCCUAACCCGCCUGGUUGUCGGCAAGGCGUAUACCCUUGUAUCAGCACUAGGGACGAUCGGCUAUAUCUGGGCGUUCCGCGAGUCUUGGGGUGUCACCACCGCCCAGUUCUUCAUCAGCUGGAUGGCUUUGUGGCUCUUCAUGGAAGUUCAGUACCUCGUCAUCGACACGAUGAUGGAAUCAGUCGUGCCCCUCCAAUUCUUCGCCUUCUUUCUCGUAACCUGGAUCAUCACCAAUAUUGGAAGCACCGUCAACCCAUUCGAGCUCACGGCGGGGUUCUACCGGUGGGGGUAUGCCUUGCCUGCCCGCAGCACCUGGAUUCUACUGCUGGAGAUUUGGUCCGGGGGCUGUAGGUCCGAGAAAGAGAUUUGCCUUCCCGUCCUUUUCGCCUGGUGGCUUCUUGGUAGUUUGGGCAGCGCCUGGUCCGUGAGGCAACGUUGCCUAGUGGCCGACCAGAAGAAGAGGGAGAAACUCGAGUCUGAAGAGUCGAGCUCGAGCUAG